AUGCCAGAAGUCAGAACUAGAUAUCUGAAUGUUCUCAAGGAAGAAAAAGAAGAAAAAGAAAAAGGAAAAGUUGUUCCGGCUAAAGGAGGUCGCAAGAAAGCUUCUACCUCCAAGCCUGUUGUUUCAGAAGCUGUUCCUGAAGCUGCUGAAAAGAAGGAAAGAAGGACUAAGAGAAAAUUUGAUCAUCCUUUUGAUAAUCAGGAGAAGGUAGUUCAGAGUGUAGCUGCUGCUACUACUGUUGAGAAAGCUGUUCCAGAAGAAGUUGUUACUGAAGAAGUUCAGGUUACUUCAGUCGAAAAUGAAAAGAGUAAGAAGGAGAACGCUGAGAAGAAGAAGAAGAAGAAGAAGAGAAAGCCUUCUAAUAACACUGAGAAUACUGUUAAAGCUGUUGAGAAGAAGAAAACAAGAAAAAGAAAAUUAAUAAUUGAUGCCUCAGAUGAAGAUGAGGAUGUUCAAGAAGCUUUGAAUCAGCAAGCAGAAGCUGCGAAUCAGCAAUUAUAA